CAACACAUCAACUUCUCACUAACUUAUUAUCUGUUCUAGUCCUCACUAAAAAAGUCCAGCCCACCUCACGCUGUCUCGUCACUUUAUUAUUCUGGCCUCCCGCCUCGCGCUUCCUUUCCCCUUUACUCUCUGGUCGGCUCUUCAUCUGUCUCUCCCUCACGUCACGGCACGCCCACGUUGCAUCUAGUCAAGCUUCUCAAUUCCAAGUCAAAGCCCAAGCCCGGCAAGGCACGAACACCCCCAGACCUGAGCAAUUCGCAACGCCCUCUUGUGGCUCUCGUACCUAACCAUACAAAAACCCUGUUUGCGCUCUCUCAGCCAUCUUCGUCACUUCCGAAUUCACCCCCUCUCUUCCCGCUUGCUCGGCAUCCCCCCCCUCUCGGCUUCAACUUCACCCAACCCAGACAGGCACCUUCGCCUUCUCCACCGCCGUACAUACCUUCUUCAAUUGGAAGCCUCGCCGUAGUGUACAAAUCCCACGAACCUGGUACCGCAGCACGUCCCUUUCGCGCAUUCGAUCACAGUAUUAACGAAUCGAGAGACAUCUGCUAGGAUGACCUCUCACGCUACUUUGAAGGCGACCUUCGCCGGCCGCGCCGAAUCCGCCAGCCAUCCGCUCACAGCCUACCUCCUCCGAUUGAUGGACCUGAAGGCAUCCAACCUUUGCCUCAGCGCCGACGUUCCCACCGCACGAGAGUUGCUCUACCUCGCCGACAAGGUCGGACCGUCCAUCGUCGUCCUCAAGACACAUCACGACAUCGUCUCCGGCUGGGACUUCAACCCCCAGACUGGUACCGGCGCUAAGCUCGCCGCACUAGCUCGCAAGCAUGGUUUCUUGAUUUUCGAGGAUCGCAAGUUCGGUGACAUUGGCAACACGGUCCAGAUGCAAUACGUCGCUGGGUCGGCAAGGAUUAUCGAAUGGGCGCACAUCAUCAACGUCAACAUGGUCCCGGGCAAGGCCGCUGUCACAGCUCUCGCAGAGGCGGCCGCAAGAUGGCGCGAAAGGUACCCUUACGAGGUCAAGACAUCGGUUACGGUUGGAACCCCGAGGUCGGAGAGUUUCGACGACUACGAUGAGGACAACAAUGGUGAUUCGUAUGAACAUACCAUUGGCACUCCACGACCAAACGACGUCAACGGACGCAAGGGCAGCAUUGUCUCCAUCACCACCUUGACACAGCACUUCGAACCUGCGCCUUCCCCUCGAUUCCCGAGAAACGAGUCCCACAGCUCUGACGAGGUUCUGUAUGCCGGAAUCGAGGAGGCCCCCAUGGACCGUGGUCUUCUCAUCCUGGCGCAAAUGUCCAGUGCCGGUAACUUCAUGAACAAGGAGUACACUGACGCUUGUGUCGAAGCGGCCAGGGAGAAUAAGAACUUCGUCAUGGGCUUUGUGUCCCAGGAGAGCCUCAAUACCGAACCAGAGGACUCUUUUAUUCACAUGACACCGGGAUGCCAACUGCCGCCGGAAGGUGACGAGGAGAACGGCGCCGUUGCGGGUGACGGCAAGGGACAGCAAUACAACACGCCUCAAAAGCUUGUUGAGCUUUGCGGCACUGAUGUCGUUAUCGUCGGUCGUGGUAUCCUGAAGGCUGGUGAUCCUCAAUCGGAGGCCGAGAGAUACCGCAGGAAGGCCUGGAAGGCCUAUCUCUCCCGUGUGGCAUAGAUGGCUCGUCUCUUACACACACAUCCACCACCCUCCAUCCACCCUCCUCCACCUACCCACCAAACUCAUACACACACCCAAAGUCAAUACCCAGGCGUGUUUUUUUCCAUCGUUUUUUUCCAGUCGUACCGACGUCGGGGCGGGCUUUCAUGCCGUAUUCUCUAGGGUGCUACUGCUGGUUCAUGCAUAUUCGGUCUUGCAAUGGUAUUCAUGUUGUAGAGGAUGGGGAUUCGGACUCGGCACUGGGGCGAUUUCUUAGACGGGGGGACUCGGCGACCCGGAAGACGGGUACAAAAUAAAAAAAGGGAUCGGCGUUGAUUUUCUGCGGGUUCUACAAAUGCAGGUCUUGCAUGCGGACAGUUGCAGUUCAUAUAUCAUUGAAAUGACAGUUCUCUGCCACGUUUACUUGUCUAUAUGUAAUGGCCCUUGCCUCGAUCUCCAAGUCUGCUGCAUACCCUUUGGAUCGUGAGC